AUGGCCGAGUUCACCGGCACCACCCCGCAGGUUCAGGUCGAACAACCGCCUGAAGUUGUGGAAUACAGUCAAGGCUACAUGAAUCUCACACAGACACAGCGGGACACCAUCGAGCACCCUGCUUGGGUGUUCCUGAUCUUCAUUGCCUACGGCCUCUUCAAGCGAGUACGGACCGUACCCAACACCUUCAUCCUCUUCGCCUCCAUCGCCAACGUCGGGGCCAGCACGGCGUGCUUCAUCGGCUAUGCGGGUAUCAUUGCCGGCGAGGACUCGGCGCUCUGCCACACGCAGGCGUUCCUUCUUGAAAUGUUCAUGCAAUCAGACCCGUGGUGGUCACUUGCCAUGGCAGUAAACGUCUUUCUGGUUUUCUUCUUCGCGCUCAACCCCAACGCGUUUCGCGACUACCUCUGGUUGUAUUGCCUGGUGUGCUACGGACUUCCUUCGAUUCCGGCAAUCGUCCUCCUCGCUCACAGUCCUUCCAAUACUCACUACUAUGGAAAUGCCACGUUGUGGUGCUGGAUCGCAGACACUUGGAAUCCUCUUCGGAUUUACACCUACUAUCUGCCUAUCUGGACGUGCAUUUUUCUCUCCGGACUAGUAUACCUCGCCGUGGGCUAUCAGGUGUUUCACCAGCGCAACCAGCUACGGAACUUGACCUUCAGCAACCAGGGGAAGAACUGCUCUGGAUCCGAUCACAGGGAGCACAUAGAACUAGGCGAGAAGCACAGUUACGGAAUCAGCGCUGGCCGGAAUUCGCCAUGCCCUACCGUUAUUCCCAUGGAUCUCUCCAACCAUCCAGGAUGCUACGGCACCGUAACCACCCAGGUCGAAGUCAACAUCUCCGACAACACCGACAUGCAAUCAAUGGCCCUCACUAGAGAUGCCUCAUCACCGACCCCAUCUAUCACCGAGGUCCCCCUUGCCGCCCACCCCCCGGGCCACAACAAUAAUAACAUCAACAGCAUCCACCCCUGGGCAUCCAACUGCUCCUCCUCUUCGUCUUCCAACAGUGAAGACCACAUCGUCCCUCCCUCCGCCAUCUACUCUAGCGGCUCCGGUGGCUCCGGCGGUGGUAUCUCCCCACCCUACCACACCACCACCACACACCACGUCCACAUCCACCACGCCACCGACAUAACAGCCGGCAGCGGACAGCCCAAAUCCAGUCUCAAAAAGACCACCUACAUCCACAGUGGCCACGGCGGUUACGGUCAUACUUACUCCUCCUACAACCGCACCUCCAACACCACCACCACGGGCCAAUGUCCCUCCUCCUCUUCUGCAGCUCACCACGUGCACACCUCCUCCUGCACCUACGCCAACCACCGCAACCAGCAAUCCUCACGCUUCACCAACCGUACCCGCCUGCACAGUCUGCUCUCCACCAUCCGCCGUCCCUUUCGCAAAUUCUGGGCCAAGCUGCAUCGUCUCGACCCUAUUAAGCUCGCUUACCUGCGCACCUCGUUUGUUUUCGCCAUUUCCAUCUUGGUCACCUGGACGCCCAGCAGUAUCAACCGCGUGCACUCGUUGCUGUACCCGAAGAACACGAGUUACCCGCUGAACCUGGCGAGCGCGGUGGUGUUGCCACUGCAGGGGGUGUGGAACGCGGUGAUCUUCAUGGCGACUACGUGGGUCGUUUUGAGGGAGGAGGUGGAGGCCUUGUGGAAGAGGUCGCGGGUUGGAACGUGGUGGAUGCGACGCCGUCAGUCCAUGUCGCUGAGGCCUGGGACUGGUUCUGGUACUUCGCAAGGAGGGGUGCAGAACGUAAUGGGUAGUCAAAGGGGUGUUAGGUUGGGGAGUGAUGGGCUGCCGUCUUCUACUACCAUUGGUGGUAGCGUACAUGUUUGUGUGGGAGGUGGUGGAAAAGGAAGAGGAUCAGGCAAGGGACAUAAAGCGUGGCGAAACGGAAACGGAGCAUACGGCUAUGGUGUUCCUCACGCUCCUGCUAUGAAGGAUGAUUUCGAGACGAGGAGCUGUGGGAGUUCCAGUGGUAAGAAGAACAAGUCCAAGAAGGGGCCGAUGGAUCCCAAUCGGCUGGGCACCGUGCGAGUCAUUAGGGGUGGCUCGUUGUGA